CUCCGGCCUCGGGGACGGACCUUGCACCUCGGGCUGGUCAGCCCCACGGACGCCUCCUCAGCCUCCAGGGGCCUUCACCCCGACGCGGGCUUCGAGACCCAAACCAAGUGUCCGACAGAUGUCACCUCGGGCAGUUGGCCAGCCGGGGAGUCCGUCUCAUCCUGCCGGUUCUCGAGACAGGUGACUUGCAGCAUCACGAAGGUGCAGAUCAACAGGAACCCGGGCCUGCCCGCGGUGCUGCUGACCAGGAGGAUGGACAUCUCCCUAAAUGCCACCUUUCAGUACGACUGCCCGGUGGCUCACAGCUCUCAGACUAACUGGCAGGUCUUCUCUGUGCCCUCUCUCCGCCACCAGCCGGACUGGACGAAACCUCUGGUGGUGCCCGGCUUCCAGUUGGGGAAAGAUCCAACAGUCAUGCACAUCCCCAAGAAAACGUUAUCUUUGGGGGUGUACGUGUUUAAUUUCUCAGUGAUCCUGGCCCCCUCCUUGCCACAAGCUGCAGUGGACAAAGGCUCAGAUAGCAUCUACGUCUCGAUCCUUAGUGACUUCCUGCAGGCGGUUCUUCUUGGGGAGGCCAACAUGACAAUUAAGUUCACAGACCAGCUGGUUCUGAAUGGAUCAACGUCCGUGGACCCAGAUGUAGACGACCCUUUAGAGGGAGUCCAGUUCUCCUGGUUCUGCACCACAAAUUCCAAGAACUACAACGGAGACAAAAUAAACGUGAUAAGCAAGGAAGUUUGCCUCCCAAAGCAGGUGGAUCUCAAGCUGACCUGGGCCUCUGACCCUGUACUGACAAUUUCCCCAGAAACACUUAGGGGGCGCCGCGUGUAUUUUUUCAGAAUGGUGAUACAGAAGGCUCCCAGAUCCGCAUAUGCUGAUAAAAGGGUCCACGUGCUCCCAGCACGGGCACCGAAAGCAAGUAUUUCGUGUAUUGAAAACUGUGGCAGGGUUUUGGUUCUAUCAGAUCGGUUCUCUCUGUCUCUAAAUUGCCCCGAUUGUGCCAGAAGCCGGCAAGUGUACAAGUGGUCCAUCCUGCGGGCUUCAGGGGUUGAGGUCGCAUUUGAUUGGUUGGGGCAGACUUCAACGGGGAGGAACAGCGAUUCUUUGUCUAUAAAAGCUUUUGCUUUUAGGAAUUUUUCUGAAGCUCAGUUCUGGAUUACUUUAGGUCUAGAAACUUGGGGUGGAGUGAACUUGAACCUCAUUCAUUCCUUUACUGUUAACUAUGCCCCUGCAAUUGGAGAUUGCAAAAUUAAUCCAACUAGUGGGAUUGCCUUUUUUACUAAGUUUGUUGUCCAGUGUAAUAAUUUUAAGGAUCAGAACAUCCCUCUGACAUAUAAAAUGAUCGUGUCUGAUUUGUACGAUGGCUUUGGCGAAAUCAGUUCUUUAACAGAGAACACCUUGGGGCCCAUCCUGUAUGUGGGCAACGAUCCCAAAUGCCCCCCUUCCUUUCUCCCCGUCGGUGAGGGGGACAGUCAUUACUCCUUGAAGGUCUUUGUCCAGGUGUAUGACUCUCUGGCAGCUUUUUCUCAGGUGACUUUUUACGCCACUGUACAAGCUCCUACGGGCCAAGCCUCACCCCAGGCCAUACUGAAGCAGUUAGUCAAUUUCACCGUGGGACAGAAUUCAGAGAUCUCUGCUUCGCUUCAGAAGCAGGAGUUUUUGUUCGCGGGUUACUUAAUGUACGUAGUGGCCUCCGUUCUGAACAGCAUGAGACCCGAACCAGCCCUGCAGGCGGACAAAGCCUGGCUCCGGGAACACCUGGUCAACCAGUCUGCCCUCCUCCCCAUGAACACCCUGAUGGAGAUUAACCAGGUGGUCACGGUGUUUGCCAAAUUAACCCAGAGAACGUUGGAAUUUCCUCUGGUUGCUCGGCCGUCUGCCACAGAGAGGAUGUGGCAAGCGAAUCGAGCCAUCCAGCAGCAUCAGCACAAAGGCCACAGCCUGCACUCGGAGCAGAUAGAGAUCAUCAGCACCGGGAUCCUGACCAGCCUGUCGAACAUCCUAAAAAUGGCCGACCCUCACGUAAUUUUUGUCGACCCUUUCCGGGUCAUACAGUCCCUGGCAGACACCAUCCUGGCCGGCAAAGUGCCGGAUGAUGGGAGCACCGUGAUGAGCUCCGCCAGCUUUACCAUGUACGCCAGCAAGCUGGAAAAGUGGGCUGUUUCCAACCACAGGUUGGGCAACGAGAGAAACUGUCGAAAUUGUUUCCAACCAACACUAAAUGUGAGCAGCAUUCCUCGUCUGCCUGCCAACGCUCCUGUUUCUGUGGUGUUCUGUGAGUUUGCAGACGACCCCUUCCCUUGGUUAAAUUACCAGGACAGCCUUGCAGCAGAUGUGGUUGGAUUCAGAUUGACGGGAGUCGCGGCCAACGGUGACAAGCUGGAGGUCACCCCCGACGCAGUGGACGUGUAUGUCGGCAGGAGGAACCUGAGCGCUGCAGCUUUCAACCUCACCGUGGGCCCCGACCACGAGCCUGAUAACGCCGACGAGUCCUCGAGGAUGACGACGGGGGCGUUCCGCUUCGAAGUGGACAGCCAUGUGGUGCGGGAGCUGCUGGUUCACAUCGUGACGGAGGUGACAGUGCAGUUCACCGUGCUGGUGUACGCCGGCGGGCAGAUCACCCCCUCCGCCUUGGUCGCCACCUUCCUCGUGCCCCACGGUAUCCCUCCCAUUGCCAACCAGAGCGGCCUGUUCGACCCGGCCUGUGCAGUGAGCGUGCCCCGCCUGGUUUGCCUCCCGCUGUCCCUGCUACAGGUCAUAGCUCAGCGGGGCCGCUCGCCUGAGAGUGUCAUAAUCGUGGUUCUGAAGGCACCUCAUUUUGUCAUGCAGCCCAGUGACAAGCUGGUGAGGAUUUCUCUUUUCAGUGUCCGCUGCCUGGACAUGUACGGGGUCCAGAGCGACUGGACAGAAGACACCUGUGUCCUCGGGGAGAAGACCAGCUGGGACCGAGUGCACUGUGUCUGCAGGAAGGCCAGGCGGGCCCGGCGGCAGCUGGCCAACAUUCCCUUGCACUUCCGCUACCUGACAGCCAAGGUGAUCGUGCCCCCUAACCCUGUGGAUCUACGGUUAGAGGCCAUCAAGAAUGUCACCCAGAACCCCGUGACACUCUUCGUCGUCCUUUUCAUUCUGGUCACGUACAUCGUCCUAGCUUUCUGGGCCUUGCACAGAGAUGAAACAGACCAGUACCUUCGGGACCACGCCAUAGUCCUCCCUGAUAACGACCCUUACGAUAACAUAUGUUACCUCGUCACUUUUUUCACAGGAAGCCGUUGUGGGUCCGGCACCAGGGCCAAUGUUUUUGUCCAACUUACGGGGACACAGAGCACCAGCGAUGUGCAUUGUUUAAGUCACCCACAUUUUAAAACUCUGUACCAGGGAAGCGUCCACACUUUCCUCCUAACGACCAGCAGGGACUUGGGGGACAUUCAGUCCAUCCGCGUGUGGCACAACAACGAGGGCCAUGCCCCCGGCUGGUACUUAAGUCGAAUCAAAGUGGAGAACCUUUUCAGCAGGCACAUCUGGCUGUUCAUGUGUCGCGAGUGGCUUUCUAUCGAGACCUCUUUGGACAGAACGUUUCCCGUCACCGACCCCAAUACGCCACUGCAGAGAAUGGACUUCUUGCUCAUCGAUGCGACGGACAACCUGGCGAAGAGUCACCUGUGGUUCUCCGUGUUUGCCGGCGUCAUUGCCCACGGCUUCAGUCGGCUGCAGCGGCUGUCCUGCUGCCUGGCCAUGCUGCUGUCCAGCCUCCUGUGCAACAUCAUGUUCUUCAACCUGCACACGGAGAAGCAAGACAAACAAGACCAAGGGAACCGAUAUGUCAGAUCGAUGGUCAUCGGCUUGGAGAGCGCCAUGAUCACCCUCCCGGUGCAGGUCAUAAUCACGGGGCUGUUCACCUACUCCCAGCGGAGACCGCAGGUGGCCCUGGACAAGGUGACGCCUCAGGAGUACCCCGAGGUGGCAGAGGCGAGCGGCCACUGGGAGGAGCGGCUGGAGAGGUGGCACGCCCAGGAGACGGCUGCAGAGGCGCGCUCCCAAGAGGCGCGGUCCCAGAAGGAGCACUCCCAGAAGAUGCGCUCCCAGAAGGUGCGUUCCCAGAGGGCGCGCUCCCAGAGGGCACGCUCCCAGAGGGCACGCUCCCAAGAGCCACGUGCCCAGGAGUCACGCUCCCAGAAGGCGAGCGCCCGCAAGGCCCAGCAGUCCCUCACCAGGAAGCUCACAGGACGCCGUAAGUCUCUUUCCAAGAGGACCUCCAAAGCAGGGCACUCGCUUAGGAAAAAAGACAGCAAGGGCCCACACACCCCCGGCACCAACACCAACGCCAACGCCAACAACGAAAACAUGAACAACAGUCCCCAGGUGCCCUCCGCACAGCCGCCACCCCCGCCCCAAGACCAAGAACCACAGGAUCCACCUGCACCCUGGCCCCCACCCACAAAGCCCAGGACCACCCUGCCUGGGUGGUGGAAGUGGGUCGCGUGGUUCUUGGUCUUCGCCACUUCGGGGGUGUCCUCGUUCUUCAUUGUGUUUUACGGCCUGACCUACGGCUAUGAGAAGUCAAUUGAGUGGCUCUUUGCAUCGCUCUGUUCCUUCUGCGAGUCCGUUUUCCUGGUGCAGCCUUCGAAAAUUAUCCUCUUGACAGGCAUGCGAACCAGCAGGCCCAAGUACUGCAAAAACCUCUCCUGGGUCAGCAACUAUCGCUACACUGAGAUCCAGCUGCAGGACCUCAGGCUGCGUCCCGAGGAGAUGCACCAGCGGCACCAGGACGUCGCCCGCCUCCGAGGCAGCAGCAUGUACCAGCCUCUCACGCAAGACGAAGUCGGGAUAUUCAGAAGGAAGAGGGCGCUCAAGAGGCGAGCCCUGCUGUUCCUGGGUCACUUCCUCACUCACUGCAUCUUUCUAGCCCUGCUGCUGGGCCUCGUCGCCGUCCUCCGCCGCACGGACAGCUUCCGCUACAACCAGUUCAUCCGCAGCCGCUUCUCUGUGGAUCUUGCUACGGUCACCAAGCUGGACGACAUCUACCCGUGGCUCCACAGCGCGCUGCUGCCUUUGUUCCACAACGACCUCCACCCAACGUUUCUUCCCGACAGCUCCUCCAAAAUCCUCGGCCUCCCACUGCUGAGGCAGGUGAGGGCCGCGCCCGGCCCCAAGGCCUGUCGGCCGGCCAAGCGCUUUCCGCCCAACAGCAUCGAAGGAGAGAUUCGCUGCCAUCCUGAGUACGGGGCCGACCCAGAGGACACCAGCGACCACCCCGGCUUCUGGAAGAAAGUUGCUAAGCGGGAGGCAGACAAGAACACCAACGGGUUUACCUAUAAGCCUCCGGAGGAGAGGUGGGUGUACUACUCCUACGGACUUCUCCACACCUACGGGUCGGGGGGGUAUGUUUUCUAUUUCUUCCCAGACCAGCAGCAGUUUAAUUCCACGCUGAGGCUCAGGGACCUCCAGAGCGGCCGCUGGCUGGACGAGAAGACGUGGGCUGUGAUCCUGGAGCUGACCACGCUGAACGCGGACGCGGGGCUGCUCGGCAGCACUUCCGUCCUGUUCGAGGUCUCUCAGUUAGGGGCCGUGAACGCGAGCAUAUCCGUGCACUCCUUCUCGCUGGUGGAUCUGAACAGAGACACGUCGGCAGAGAUCUACCUGUACGUGGCCAUUCUCGCGUUUUUCGUGGCCUACGUCGUGUACGAGGGCUACGUCAUCACGCAGAAGGGGGCCUCCUACCUGGCCAACGCAAACAACUUGUUCAGCUUGGCACUCAAGUGCACCCUUGCCGUGCUGAUUGUGCUGUUUCUCAGGAAAUACUUCCUGGCCACUGCCAUCAUUCAGUUCUACUCAUCGAACCCCGUGGAUUUCAUCCCCUUUCACGCCGUUGCGCAAGUGGACCGCGCCCUGGGGAUCGUGUUGGGCCUCCUGCUGUUCCUGACCAUUCUGAAGACCCUCAGGUAUUUCAGGUUCUUUUACCACGUGCGCCUGGCUGAGCGGGUCCUCCAGACCGCCCUGCCCGGCAUCUGCCACGUGGCGCUCCUGGUGUUCGUGUAUUUCUUUCUGUUCGUGGCUUUUGGCCACCUGGUAUUCGGUCAGCAUGAGUGGGGCUACAGCACCGUGAUCCGCGCCACGCAGACCGUCUUCUCCUACUGCACGGCAGCCCUCCGGGACGCGGAGUUUUCCAGCAACAGGGCCCUCGGGGUCCUGCUCCUCGCGGCGUUUGUGCUGCUGCUAGUCUGCGUACUGAUCCACUUGUUUACGGCUGUGAUCCUCUCUGCCUACAAGGCCCUGAGGCAGCCCGUGUAUGAGGAACCUUCCGGCGAAGUGGAAGCCAUCGCCUACCUGUGCGGCAAGCUCAGGACAGUGUUUGGCUUCCUGUGCUGCCAACCCAAGGCCCAAGAGCAGCGGGAGCUCUUCGUGGACAUGCUCUACGGGAAGCCGGAGAGGCACAGCAGCCGCUACCUGGGGCUGAAGACCAGGAACAUCAACGAGAAGAAGAUGGUGUACCUGGUGGUGUGACCGGGACAGUUUCCGGGCUGCAGGCGAGGCUCUCCCACCUGUUCAGUUUAGAGGUUCCAUCAUGCUGUCUGCCUGUGUCCUGCACAAUGCACACCGCCACAUUUUAUUGGGUUCCCACUCUCGGUCGCCACUUUUACGAACGUGACAGGAAGGAGUAUAGCACACACCCAGGGCGGGGGAGUGGUGGCGCCAGACAUCCUGGGAUGAGCUCCCUGUAGGGGCACUGAGGGUCUUUGGAGCCCAUAGCAGUUUAGAGGGUUAGAGACCCAGGUUUGGGGGAGGGAGCUAAAGAUCUCCCCAAUCUCCCCUCCCCGCCCCCCCCCACCUCGCUGGGAGUUCUUUUCACAGAUCAGAGCUUCCUGACCUUUGUCCCCUGCAGCCCCCACAUUCCAGCUGGGCCAGGGCCAGAGGGGCCUGUGGGGAGUUCUGGAUGCGCCCUGAGUUUGGCAUGCAGGGAUGAGGAGCGUGGUCAGAAGUCUGAAGCUUCCCAUCGACUCCCUAAGGCUCCUUCAAAUUAAAGAUGUAAAACCAUAAUAUUUCCUGGCCACGAGACAGUUUUAGUUAGACAACAAGGGGCGCGCGUGGGCUCACUCUGAGCGGAGGCACCGGUUCUGUGUGUUGUACACCCAGCGUCUGGGCCUUCUGUUGUCUACCGCCUGGUGGAUGGUUAUUGGACAAUAAAGAAAAUGUGGUUUGUUUCAGAGAAACGCCUGGCAGCGGUUGUACUUCCCUCAGAAGCACGUUCCUUUGUGUAGAUCCUGUAUCAGAAUUACGUGUGACUUCCGGGAGGCGUGCAGGGGCUUCUGCACGAGGCACCUACACGGCUCCUGCCCUGGAAGUCAGCCUGUGGGCGCUUGGUCCCAGGUGUUCCUCACUCGCCAGGCGGCCCUGCAACCCUGGCAGGCACCUAGGAGCUCCCAGGGGCUCCUCCUGGGGGGCUGCCUGCGAGCCUGGGGCGGCUGCGGUCUUCUCUGCCAGGUAAGAAACAGAGAGCUUCAGUGGCCCCAGCACGGCCCCUCACACGGUUAAGGUCAGAGGUCAGAUCUGGGUUUUCUAAGUGCCCUUUGGGGAGGUCGCGGGGUUCACACUGCCCACUGCUUCUGACUGCAGGGCAUGUUUGCAGUUAGCUCCUCUCUUAGCCACCUGAGUUUGGACCAGGUUGAAAGACAGAGUGACCGUGUGGGAGGGGCAAACGACUCUUUACUGAUGGGGGCCAGCUUCGCUCUCUGAGAUGCACUUGCCCACUGAGCUGCAGGAUGAGGGAGGUUCGGCCCCAGGUGAGGGCCGCGCAGGGCCGGCCCCUCUGAGAGGCUUCUGAGACUGAUGGCCUCUCUCCGGGCGCUCCGGAGGCCUCAGGGGCACACUAGUUGGCCUCCCUCCCAGGAAGACAGCUCCAGGGGUGCAUAAUGCUCACCCAGGUCAGCAUAAUGUCUCGGGACUCGGAGCUAUGCCGCAGGAGAGGGAGUUACAGGGUCACAAACACAGGCCCAAGCGGACAGUCCUGCUGC